AAGAUGGCUGGAUCUGAAAAGAAACUCGAGAGAUCGAAGAGUGGACUUCGAAUGAUCCCCGUGUCUGACACUGACUCGAGCCCCUUUUCCCUUCCAGAACCUCCCUGGGUAUCAGACGAUGAGUGCAAACAGUGUCAAAACUGCAGAGCAAAAUUUGAUUUCUUUAAAAGAAGAAAGCAUCACUGCCGUCGCUGUGGAAAGUGCUUCUGUAAUGACUGUUGUCAAGAGAAGGUGAAUUUACCCAGGAUGCUAUUCCUGGACCCAGUCCGCCACUGCCAAGUCUGCACAGAGAUUUCAAGGAAGGAGGAGGACUUCUUCGAGAAGCAUUUAAAAACACUGCUGAAUGGAGGUUAUUUCAAUGUGACUGAGUCAGAUAUGGGGCCAGAUGAGGGAUCUCUCUUCUUCCUCAAACUUUCAGCCAAUCACAGACAGCUGCUGUUUGAGGGAGAUAAUGAUAAACGCGAACCUGUUCAGAUUGAGAAAAUAGACACCUUGCAGAUUCUACCAUCUGGAAAGGAUGAAGAAGGCAACACGUUAGCAGGGGGCAUUGCAAUAAAAUACACAGACACAACUGGAGGAACAAACAUUAUUAAGAUGAUGGUGGAUAGUGGGGGAAACAAAAAGCCAGGACAGAUCUGGAUUGCUGCCAUGCAGAAAGCAUUUAAAAUGGUAUAUGAUGCAAGGGCAAAGUAAAGUUGGAAGAUAUCAGGGGGAGAGAAGUCAGGAAAAAAAGAUCUAAAGAUAGGAGAUGAAGUCAAAACAGAAAUACACAGUGGCAUUUUAUUUAAUGAAUCAUGGGCUCUCUUGCCAGAUUAGUACGUGUUGUGUCUGUGAUUAAAUAAGUACAUGUCUAUAAAUACUCUUUAUGUAUAGAAGUAUUUAAUUAUUCCAUGUUUCAUACAUUUAUAUAUGUAACUGUGAUGCACAUUGAUGAUGUACAUUGCACUGUGUGUACAUUUGCAUGUAUUUAAUACAGUCAAAUUUCAGUAUCUGGAAUAUGUAUUUUUGAGAUACAUUGGGAUGUCAAAGUGAGUUGUUAUGUAUUAUGCAUACAUAUCUCAACUUUGGUAUCCAAACUCUUGAGAUAUCUCAAGGUUUUUUUGACAGUCCUACCAUAAAACAAUUAACAUAAAUAUUUCUAACUCCUCAGAUAUCUCAUAAGUUUUUUUAUGUGAUUCCUGUCACAAUAUAAAUCUCAACUUUAACUCUGAGAGAUAUCUCAAGAUGUUUUAUCACAGUCCUGCCUCUAUAUAAUGCUUAAGUAUUUCUUUCUCCAGAGAUAUCUCGUGGAUUUUUGACAGUGAAUCCAGUCAUAAUACAAAUCUUUUUUUUAAUGCUUUAUAAUACAAAUCUUAAAUUUAUCUCAAAUCUGAAAUAUCUCAAGGGUUUUAUUUCAGUAAAUCCUGUCACAAUACAUUUCUUAACUUUAUCUCAAACCCUGAGAUAUCUCAAGGGUUUUUUUUUUUGUCAGUGAGUCCUGUCAUAAUACAAAUUUGAACUUUGGUUUAUCUGUAACUCUAAUGCAUCUCAAAGCUUUUUUUUUUUUGUGGCAAUGGAUCCUGUCAUAAUAAAAAUUUCAGCUUUUAUAUCUUAAACCCUGAGAUAUCUCAAGGUUUUUUUUGUCAGUGAGUCCUGUCAUGAUAAUACAAAUCUCAACUUUAGCAUCUCAAAUUCUCACAUAUCUCAGUAUAUUUUAUGACAGUCCUACCUUUUUUGAGAUAUAAAAGGAGUUUGACUGUAUGAACAAGGAGGAUUAUAUAUAUAUAUAUAUAUAUAUAUAUAUAUAUAUAUAUAUAUAUAUAUAUAUAUAUAUAUAUAUAUACUGACAUAUUAACCAAAUUGUUACUUUGUAAGGAUAGGUUGUACCCUAUUGGUUAUUGUUUUAAUAAGCACAGUCACAGUCUUCAUAAAUGUUCAUUAUACAUGUAUUAAUGAAGUAGACUAAGUUCCAUUAUUGUUAAACACAAGUACUUCUAUAUACGUCAGAAAUCUUGAGAUGUAUAUUUUUUUCCAUCCUGUGACUUGUAAGUCCAGAAAACUUGGCUUUAAAAGUUUAUUUGAUAAAAACUCUAAUUUUUCUUCAAUCUUCUUAACUAGCUGUGAUGCAUGCAUUGUAUGUUUUUGCAUGACUUAGACAUUCUUUUUAAGUUUAAAAAAAUUAUAAACGUUUUAUACAAUAAAACAUUUCUUUAAAAAGUGAACAUAGGAUCUGUAAGAUGGACCAAAAUAAGAGAAAAUCAGUUAAAAUAGCUAGGACUGUGUGGUUGUAGGUUAAAUACGAUUGAAAUUAAGGCUAUGAGUACAUGUAAGAAAAUGGGAGAAGCCAUGUUUUAAACACUUCAAAGAGCUUGAUUAAAGUUUUAAGGAUGUUGACAAAACACUCAUCAUGAGUUGGAUAGAUGCAUGCAUUGUUAAAGUCUUCCUAAUAUUCAGCUGUACUUCAGAGGUGUUUAAAAUGUGGGCUACUGUGUUUUAUGUACAGGUUCCUUUUUAUUGUGAUAGAGAAUGUAUUGAAAGUUGGUGCUAAACAGUAAUAUUGCUGUAACCGAUUGAAUACUGUAUAUAAUAUUGUACAUAUAUAGUGUAAUUAUUGUAUAUAAUGUAUACUUAUAAUUAUUAAUGUUAAACCAUUACAUAUGAACUGUCAUAAAAGCAAUAAAAAACAUAGGAGUUGUCAGAAAGCAUUAUGGGUCAUGGGGUGUAAUUUAUCAUUAAUUACAAGUAAAGAUAAUGUUAUUUAUAAUUAGUAGUGACUAUUAGUAUACACUUUUAACACUUUAAAUGUUAUCUAUAAUUGAUGUAAAAUUUUUGUAAUAAAAUCUCGGUAAGAUACAUUUA